AUGAUCUUUUAUCUUGCAAGUAUUUUCCUAUUUGCAGUCGUUUCGGCCAUUCCAAGCGGUCGAGUCGACGUGGUGUUUCCGUCGGUGGAAACAUCGCGAUCUGGAGUGAAGAUAAUCAAAUUCCGAGCUUUAAACGAGGAAAUUGAACUGAAAUUAGAACCCGCUGGCGAAAUAUUGGCGGAAAACUUCACACUUCUUGACGGAAAGAAUCAAAUACGUCACUCGAUCGAUGUAGAAAAGUUGAAAAGUAAACUGUACAGAGACAGUUCUAAUGGAGCAGCUCUAAAGAUCGACGACGAUGGACCUGCCACCAUUGAAGGAAUUGUAAAUUCGAAAUUGAGAAUCGCACCGCACGAGUCCGGAAGAUCAGCUGAAGACGGAAGAAUAGCGCAUCAGAUUGUGGAAGUUAUAAGUGACGACGAAUCUUUUGGAUAUGACUCAGUCAUGCGUAUAAAUGUGAACGAUCAAAUAGAAAAUGUAGCGAGAGUGGCCAGAGACGAUCAGUGCAUAGUUGUAGAAUAUUUGGCCGUAACAGAAAGUAAUUUUACAAAACGAUUCCGAAGUGACAAAUAUCUAACACAAUAUAUAAGUAUAUUGUAUCUUGGGGUGCAAAACAUAUUCGAUACGCUUAAAAUGGGAAUAAAAAUUCGUGUACUCGGAAUUUCAUCAUUUACGAAGGAAACAGAACCGUCUUUCAUAGAACAAAGUGCAAUUCGGGGAGCUGAAGAAUAUCUCAAUCCGUUUAAUUUACUUAAUAAUAUGUUAAAUUACUACUGCACACAUUAUACUGGUUUGGCUAAAGAUGCUGAUAUCAUUAUGCUCUCUGUUAGUCGUAGAUUGGCCAAGAUAAUAGACGAUAAUACUCUUUCCUUAAGUAUUGAGGGCAUUACAUAUCUCGCCGGGGUUUGUGACUGUAACAAAGUUGGCAUUACCUUUGACAACUCGGAUUAUUUUGAAAGAGUUAUUUUAGUAGCUCAUGAAUCAGCUCAUUUACUUGGAAGCCCUCACGACGGCGACGGACCUAAUAAGGGACCUGCUGGAAAUCCAGGAGCAUUAGAUUGUCCAAAAACUGACGGUUAUAUAAUGGGAGAUCGAAGUGAUGAUGAUAAAAAAUAUAAAUUUUCCGAAUGUUCUAAGAGAUGCAUUGAAUACUUGCUAUCGCUGCCCCGGGCUUCUUGUGUAUUUGAAGACUGCAAAACUUAG